AAAAUAUAGUGGUCCGUUCAACAAUACUCAACGUUUGUAACUCCCAACUCCCAAGUAUUUAUAACCCUAAAUUGCUCCGCCGGCCGAUCUCCGGCCGCCGUUUUCACCUUCAUCGCCGGCAUACUUUUCUUCCUUUUAAUUUCUUCAAAAGUUCAUAAAUAAUUCAGAUUUUCUCAUUUUUGGAAUUCGAAUCAGUAAAGUAAAUAGAAAAAUAAAUAAAUUUGUAGUUUUGUAAUCUGAAUUUUUGUAGCAAUGGAUGAAGAAAUGUCGAAUUCGGCGAGACGAAUGUCGAUGCGAACUCGUAAAAUUGCUCCGAAAAUGGCUGCUGCUCUUGCUAGUUCUGAUAAUAGAACACAGGCUAUGUUGGCGCGGCUCAAUGCUUUGGAAAGUGAUAAUGCAGUAGUGGAACCUCAACUACUUGAUGAUGAUGAUGAUGAAGCUUCUCUCGACGAUGAGGAUCAAGUAUUUCAUAAGAAGUACCCAAAAGGCACAAAGCGGAAAACUCGCCAAGCUAAAGCACUCGAGAAUAAGAGAGCCCCCAAGUCAUUCUUUGAGCUCUUGAAUGAGGCAAACCUGGAGUCCUUGCCACCACAUGUGCCAACCUAUUUAAAAGCAGCAGUGGGACCUCCAAGUUCCAGCUCUCGCCGUCAUUUCUGCACGGUUUGUGGUUUCUCCUCGAACUAUACAUGUGUGCAGUGUGGGAUGCGCUUCUGCUCAAUCAAAUGUCAGACCAUUCAUAAUGAUACUCGAUGCUUGAAAUUUGUUGCUUGAUUGAAAAUAUAUUCAAGAGCAGUGUGAUGUUUUGUUCAGCUUUUAGUAGGUGAUUUCUCCGGUCAGAUUUACGAAUGUUUGAAUGAAGAUUUCAUCUUAUGUGUAGUCUUGCCAUUCUUUUCACCUUUUGGUAUGUGAGCAGCUACAAAUAUCAAGAAUUGAAAGAGCUAUAUGCCUUGUGAGGCAAUAAAAGCUUCUAGAUUUGUGGUAAGGCAAUCUAUGCAGAGUAUGCCACUUCAAACUGUCUUGUCAAAGAGCUCUCUUUGCUUUGAGCUUACUUCUUCAUAAAUUUUGUUUAUUUGCUCAAAAACAUGUUUUUACUUGCCUUUUGACUGUUGUGCUAGUUUUCCUUCCGCAUAUGUUUUUCACGUCUCUUUGCUCGUUGUUCUAUCAAUUUUUCCAUUAUUUCUGUGGGAAAUGAAGAUGGAUGGGGAGAGCCCGUCGAACCUUAGUACCAUUAGUCAUUGUAUUUUUUAACUUGUUUUUCAAGCUGGAAGUCAUUUCAAAUCUAUUUGACUCCAUUCCCAGAGAA